GGAGAAGGCUCAGGCGUUCCAGUCUGCCCGGAGUGAAGAGAGGUCACUGUUUCUCCUGCUCCGCCUGUCAGUGCUGUUCGGUGGCGACUUAGCGGUGCUUUUAUGUACCCCGGCCCACGAACGGUGAACUGUGCGAGUGGGUCACGUUCAUUGUGAUCGGUUUGGAGUGGACUGACUUCGUGUCUCUCGUCGGGUUGUUGUUCAACUUCUUACUGUUUUGCUAGUGCUACAGGUCGUUAGCUACUAGCUACUCUAGCUCUUGUUGCAGUUUUCCUUCAGAGACUAACUCAUUUAUACCUCCGGUGCUGGACCCACUGGAGCUACCCGACCCUCUGAAGGACGACUGUUACCUCCGGUGCUGGGCCCACCGGAGCUACACCUCCCCGAGGACGACUGCUUCUCCGCCGGUGCUGAGCCCACCGGAGGACCAACCGCCCUGCUACUGCUGGUGUCGCUGCUACAUUGGCUAGCUCAAGGCAGCUGCUUGCCUCCCGUCUGCGCCUGGACAACGGACUCGUGAAGACUUUGUGUGUUCUAAUGCUGCUGUGUGUCAACCUUGCCAUGGGGGAUGUCCGUGGCCCAUGUAGGCACUCCCUGACCAAAGACCAUCUGCUUCAUAUCAAAAGUCUGAUCAACAACCAGCUGCAAAGUGGAUGUUUCAUUACCUACACAUUCAUUGAAAGGGGGAGCUUGAGUAAGGUGUGCUACAUCAAGGCAGCCCUGCCCUGGGCACUUGAGCUGCUCAGUGCAAAUUUCCACUAUGUCUCAAGCUCAGAGAACGGGCAGAAUGUGCGUGCCCUAAAAGGAUUAAUCCUCAAUAUCUACUCCCAGCAAUGUGCACCCGUCAUCAAUGAGGAGGUAGAGGAGGAUCCAGUGACAUUUGAACGGGUGUACCAUGGCUCUCCCAAAGAGGCCCUGCUCAGGGUGCAGGAGGUGCUGACCCUCUACCUGGACAUCAUCACCCACAGCAGUACACCUGUGGACUGGAGCUGUGAGACAGAGUAUGCCCAGCAGGAACCUUUGCCGGCACCUGCUUACAGCCCGCCAAGCUCAGAGGAGCCUGCUAUUGAAAAGCUGGGGAGUAACCUCAGGAAUGAGACUAGCCAAGAUCUACACAACUUCUACAAGCUUGGAUUUAUUGCCAUGACAGCAUGUUGUGGAAUACUUCUACCUAUCACCGUUUGCUGCUUCAUAAAACACAAGAAACUUCAAAAUAAUUAUCACAGAACCCAGAUCAUGGCACAUGAAAGGUUCAACCCAUAUCAGCACAGCAUUGAGUUGCAGGAUUUAUCAGGUUUGCCACGAUUACAUGCAUGAGCUUCCAGCCAGGCCAAGCACAUGGAGAAGCAGCAGGAAGGAAUUAUUUUCUCGCUUUCUCACGGACUACUCUGAGGACUGAAACACUUGCCAGAACUAAGACAUAAAUAUGAGUCUUUCUACUUUGAGAAUGUAUUUUUACAGGGAAGAUAUUACUUAACAUGUAAAUAGUCUCUAUUGCUUUUUCUACCAAAGUUUUUCUGCCAAAUAAAUAAAGCUAAUAUGGAUUUAACACUA